AUGGAUACAUUUUGUUUUUUAUUGAAGGCCACGUUAAAGUACACAAACGCUCACAUUCAGUUGUUAUCAGAUCCAGAUAUGCUGUUAAUGUUUGAACUGGGUAUACGUGGGGGUCUAACACAAGUUAAUCAGCGAUAUGCACAUGCAAACCACCCGGGCUUAGUCGAUUACAAACCCAAUGAAGCACACAAGUAUCUUCAAUAUUUAGACGCUACUAAUUUAUAUGGCAAGGCAAUUAUGGAACCCAUUCCGUUUGGCUAUUUUGAGUGGUCGACUGUUACAUUUGAAGAGAUAUUCAAUACACCCGACGACGGUGAAUACGGUUAUCUUGCAGAGGUCGAUGUAGAUUAUCCCCGAGAACUACACGAUUUACACAAUGAUUUACCGUUUUUUCCUGUUAUCGAAAAACCGCCAUUAACGUCUUCUAAAUGUAGUAAACUGAUGACUACACUAGAUCCCAAACGUGGUUACAUUGUACAUUACCGAGCUCUAAAACAAGCUGUAAAACAUGGUGUGGUAGUUACCAAAUUGCAUAAAUGUAUCAGAUUUAUGCAAUCUCGUUGGUUGGCUUCUUACAUUCAGCUUAAUACGGAUUUGCGCAAAAAAGCGACCACCACGUUUGGACAAAACUUACCUAAAACGAUGAUCAACUCAAACUACGGAAAAACUUUGGAGAAUGUUAGAAAACACCAAAAUAUCAAACUCGUAUGUAACCCGGAGAAAUUGUCAAAGUUGGCUGCAAAACCGUCGUAUAGCCACAGCACCAUAUUCAAUGAAGAUUUAGUUGCUGUUCACAUGUAA